AUGAGGGCAGGCCGCGCCGGCGCCGGCGGAGGCUCCGACGCAUGCGCACACCGCCGUCCGUCCCUUUCCGCGGGCAUGCAAUCGUUGCGGAGCGAGCGGGACGACGACAACUCAUUAUCACAGCGCCGACUCGUGAACACCAAUAGAUCGAGGAGUAGGGACAAAAUAUUCGACCUUCACUUCACAACGCACACGAGCGCGUGCGCUGAUCGCGUCGCGACAGCUCCACACACAUGCGCGCUCCUCGCAAAUUACUCGCGGCCGCCGCCGCGCCGCCGCCGCGCCGCCGGUGUGCUACAUUUGAUAAUUUUUCCAGAAAACUGACAUGCACCGUCACCGUGGACGAGGCGCGCCCGGCUGCCACGUGGCCGCUACUCAGCACUACCACCGACCACCGACCACUGACCACCGUCGGCGACUACUCUACACUACACACUAACUAUACCAUAUUCAAUCCACUGCUGAUAACGCUUCCAAUAUCUACCGACAAUCAAUUUAUGUGGAACAAUAGAUUAAAAUCUAAUUUCAAAAGAACAUUUUCGUAG